AUGGCCGCGCCAGCCUCCACCCAGCCGGGCCGGGCCGCGGCGGGCUCGGAAGACGACGAGGACGACUACAUGAACAUGACGUUCGGGCUCGACGACGACAGCAGCUUCGGCGGGGGCGGGGGGCCGGAGACCUCGCUGCAGCGGCGGCAGCGGCUCCGGCGCGAGGGCGAGCGGCGGGGGCGGGUGGCGUCGAAGGCGGAGCGGGCGGCGGAGGAGCGGGCGGCGCGGGAGGCGGCGCUGUCGCGGUCGCUGCUGUCGGGGGCGGCGGCGCGGCGCAGCAAGGGGCUGGCGAUGAUGGCGAAGAUGGGGUUCGCGGGGGGCGCGCUGGGGGCCGGGGCCGGGGCCGGGGCCGGAGCUAACGCCGAGGGGGGUGCGGCGGCGGCGGCGGCGGACGACGCGCGGCGCCUGUGGACCCGGCUCGAGGAGCCGCUGCGCCCCGAGCCCAAGGAGGACCGCGGCGGCAUCGGGCUCGACGCGCUGCGCAAGCGCCGGCUCGACGAGGCGGCGGCGGCGGCCGGGGUGGCGCUGGGGGAUGACGAGGAGGGGGCGGCGAAGAGGCGCCGCGGCGACCCGGACGAGUUCCGCGCCCGCGUGCGCCGCGAGCGCGAGACCGCGCGCCAGGAGCGGCUGUUCUACGCGGGUAUGAAGGUGUGCGAGAUGAUGGACGAGGAGGCGGAGGAGGCGGAGGGGGAAGGAGAGGCUGCGACGCGAGAGGAGGAGGAGCGGAGGAGGAGGAAGCCGGAGAAGAGCAAGGGCGCGCGGCCGCUCAAGUCGAUCCCGGUGGUGUGGCGGGGGCUGGUGCGGGGGCGCGAGGAGGCGGAGCGCGACCGGCGGCAGCGGCACGCGGCGUCGGCGGGGGUGGGGGCGCGGGGCGGGCUACCGGGGUACGCGGCGUCGGAGGGGGACUCAGACGGGGACGCGGACGAGCGGACGGCGGCGGCAGCGGUGUUCGUCGCCGACGUCGACCUCGACGAGGACGACCCGGAGCUCGACGCGUUCGCCGCGCUCGACGCCGGCGAGCGCCUGCGCCGCCUCGUCGCCUACCUGCGCGACCGCCACGCCUACUGCUUCUGGUGCAAGUGCGCCUACCCCGACGCCGCCAUGGAUGGGUGCCCCGGCGCCGAGGAGGAGGACCACGACUGA